UUUACCUACCAUCUAAGGUGUAGUAACGCUCCCUUCUAACUAGUCAUUGUAUUUAGCUUUGUAUCGCAGUUACACUUUUAAUACCAAAUUUUCCAUGGCUACCUCAUCUUAUGCUAUGCAAUCUAUCUUGGGAAGCCCUAUGACCCGCUUCUCCAGCAGGUCCAGGGUGAACCAAUUUAGCAUUCCUGCCACAUACAUGCCUAACCUGAGAAGGAAUGCUAGCCUGAGAGUUCGGUCCAUGGCUGAGGAAGAGCAGAAAGAGCAACCUAGUGAACCUGCAACCCCAGUUACACCACCACCAGCGGCAGCACAAUCUCAGCCACGGCCAGCCUCUACUCGUGCACCUAAGGUGAGCACCAAGUUUUCGGAUGUGUUGGCAUUCAGUGGACCUGCACCUGAGAGGAUUAAUGGAAGGCUUGCCAUGAUAGGGUUUGUAGCUGCAAUAGCAGUGGAGAUAGCCAAUGGGCAGGGUGUACUUGAACAGGUAUCCAAUGGUGGCAUCCCAUGGUUCCUGGGGACAAGUGUGGUCCUGACCCUUGCAUCCUUGAUUCCCCUAUUCCAAGGGAUUAGCGUGGAGUCUAAAUCCAAAGGGUUCAUGUCCUCGGAUGCUGAGCUUUGGAAUGGGAGAUUUGCUAUGUUGGGUUUGAUUGCUCUGGCUUUUACUGAGUAUGUUAAGGGAAGUACCCUGGUGUAAUAUAGUUUUAAGGCGCAGGGAAAUGAUCUUGAGGAUUGCUACCAAGAAGUUGAUGUAUUAAAAACUUAGUUCUUUUUCUAAUCUACAUUAUAUUAUUUUAUAGUGCAAUUGCACUGAUCA